AGACAGGACAAUUACAAAUUAAAAAGAUCAAGUCGGUGGAAAAUGAAAAAUUAAAGAGAGUAAUUGAGUGCAAACUUGAAAUCAAGUGGCAAGAGAUCUGCAAAUCUUAAUGGUCGUACGCAUCUCAUUUCAUCUACAACACUGCUUAACUUAUUAAUAUUCUGAAACACCCCAAAUUUCUUCUCCAAUCAUCUUUUUGAUUCGUUCAACACGCAUAUAAUUUUAGUGAGAGGAGAGAGAAACCAAGACCCAGUUUGUCCUUUUGAGACUUUUACCCUACUGGGUCCAUGAGCUGCAGCGGCUCAUGUAAAUUGAAUCAAAAGCUUAAAGGAGCUCAUUUUUGCCUGUUUCUUUGGAAGACGAAGCUCUGCUGAUCUGGGUUUUGGACUUUAAUACCCUAAUUUGGUACUUCUGCAGUUCCACUUCAUAUUUCUUGAUUGCUGAUAUAGGAGUUUUGAUGUUCAACUCGAUCAAUUUGGAAGUUUAAAAGAUUAGUCGGCAAUGGGCUGUGAGUUUUCAAGACUCUGCUCGUGUUGCUGCUGCUGUAUUAUAGAACCGAAUGGAGUGAUUGCCAAAUCCCAUGAUGUCGAAAAAGAAGAGGCAGACGAGGCAAGUGAUUUGCCAUCAUUUCAUGAAUUCUCCAUUGAACAACUUAAAAUGGCGACAUCUGGAUUUGCUGUUGAGAAUAUAGUCUCUGAACAUGGUGAAAAAGCCCCUAACGUUGUUUAUAAAGGAAAGCUGCAAAACCAAAGACAGGUUGCCAUCAAACGUUUCAAUAGAUCUGCAUGGCCUGAUUCCAGGCAAUUCUUGGAUGAAGCAAGAGCAGUCGGUCAACUCAGAAACCCUAGAUUGGCGAAUCUACUUGGAUGUUGUUGUGAAGGAGAUGAAAGACUACUUGUUGCUGAGUUUAUGCCACAUGAAACACUUGCAAAGCACUUGUUUCAUUGGGAAACACAACCAAUGAAAUGGGCAAUGCGAUUAAGGGUGGCGUUAUAUCUUGCAGAAGCUUUAGAAUAUUGUACAAGUAAAGGGCGUGCUCUUUACCAUGAUCUCAAUGCGUAUAGAAUAGUCUUUGAUGAUGAUGCAAACCCUAGACUCUCUUGCUUUGGAUUGAUGAAGAACAGUAGAGAUGGAAAGAGUUACAGUACAAAUUUGGCUUUCACCCCUCCCGAGUAUUUAAGGACUGGGAGGGUAACACCGGAAAGUGUGAUGUAUAGUUUUGGCACCCUUUUGCUUGACCUACUAAGUGGAAAACAUAUUCCGCCUAGCCAUGCUCUUGACCUAAUAAGGGACAGGAACCUUGAAAUGCUUACUGACUCUUGCUUAGAAGGGCAAUUUUCUAAUGAUGAGGGAACCGAAUUGGUUCGGUUAGCUUCAAGAUGCUUACAAUAUGAGCCACGUGAGCGCCCAAAUCCAAAGUCAUUGGUUUCUGCUUUGGUUCCUCUCCAAAAGGAAACAGAGCAGCCUUCUCAUGUAUUAAUGGGCAUAACACAAGGUGGUGGUGGUGCUGCUAUGCCUCUAACCCCGCUCGGUGAAGCCUGCUUGAGAAUGGAUUUGACAGCCAUACAUGAAAUCUUGGAAAAUUUAGCCUACAAAGAUGAUGAGGGAGCAACAGCCGAGCUGUCAUUCCAUAUGUGGACAAAUCAGAUGCAGGACACAUUGAACUCCAAGAAGAAAGGGGAUGUGGCUUUUCGCCAUAAAGAAUUCAAAACUGCAAUAGACUACUAUACACAGUUCAUCGAUGUAGGAACUAUGAUUUCACCAACGGUGUAUGCACGCCGAAGCUUGUCAUAUCUUAUGAAUGAUAUGCCAGAUGAGGCACUGAAUGAUGCUAUACAAAUACAAGUCAUAUCCCCAAUUUGGCAUAUAGCAUCCUACUUACAAGCUGCUGCGCUUUUCGCUUUGAAAAGGGAAAAUGAAGCACAAAUUGCACUCAAAGAAGGCUCAGUCCUUGAAGAGAAAAACAACAUCACUUGAUUUGAUGGUUUUUAAUUGGAAAACUUUGCCCUUUACAGCAUCUAAGAAAACAUCAAAAGGGGAUUGAUAGAAAGCUGAUUCUUGACAGAAAAGGCGUCACUUUUAAGUAAAAAAGAAAGCUUGAUGAAAGAAAAGGGUGUGAUUAUAAUGUUUGAGUUUGAGUUUGAGUUUGAGUUUGAGCUUGAUUUGCUUGUAUCUUCUUUUUGCUAUCUUAGCAUUGUGUUAUCAAGGUGCUGAAUGACACAUCUUUACCCUUGAUGCCAGGUGAGUGAUCUCUGAGUUCAUACAGAAAAUUGUCGAUUCAAAUCCAUGCUGAUUGUAGAUGUUUAAUUUGCAAUGCUGUAAUCUACCAACAGUGGAUAAUAUUGGCUUGUUCAUACUCUUAUGAAACUGCACCAUUAACUUUUUUUUCGCCCUA